AUGGCUAACCCAUCGCAGUUUUUAAAGAUUGAUCAGUUUUUUAAAAAGGACCACCCUAAGAGGAACCUUUCCAUUAGAAUUUUCUACAUCAAAUCUUCUUUCGCUUUGAUUCUUGGCCUGCUUCUUGGCAUCUUUAAGGUCAAUGGUGCCGUUGGUUUUAUGGUUUUUCUUUCUGUUCAGUAUAUGAUCGGUCGCAUUUACUGUUCUCAGUUUAACGUUCCUGACUAUAUGCUCGAUAAUUUAGAGGUAUUCACUGAACACAUUCUUCCUUCUUUUGGCCUUUUUUUGGUCUUUUGGACUGUAACAUAUACUCUUUCUUACCCUAACCAGUAA